AUGCUGCUCGGCGAGCUUCUCUUCGGCACCGAUGCAAGACGGGGUGCAGAUUCCUCCUUUCCGCUCUGCCCUCCUCCUGUGUCGCCACCUGCCUCACUUGACAGCAUCGCAACUGUGUUUGGUGCCGCUGCUACGGCAGGUGGUGCCGAUCCGCCAUGCCUGCGUCGCAGUCGCCCCCCGCUACACCUCACGCAGACCACCUUGGAUCUCGGUCAGGCGGAGCCGACGAUUGCCACGCGUUGUCCGCUCUGUCACAUGCUUUACGCUGCCGAGGAUGACGAGGACGCCGCGCUGCACAGGCGCUUCUGCCGAGGCGAAGAGCGACUUCGUCGUCGUGAACGUGGUCCGCUCGAUGCGUCGUCGGCCUUCGCGACUGCCUUCCGCUCACGACGCGCUCGGACGGAAGCCGCCGCGAAGCCUUUAGCGCCCCGUACGCACACGGCAGCGCUGGCAGUGGGCAUGCUGGAGGCUCUGAGUGGUGCACAGACGGGGCAUUCACUCAGCCCUUUGCUGUCGAACACUACAAGGACGUCACAACGAGGUGGCCAACGUCGCCGAGAGGGUUGGGCUCGCGGAGUUGGCAAGGCAAUCCAUGCCACGACCAACACGCCGACUGACGUGGUUGAUGCCACAGUUUGUUCGUGCAGAAGUGUCUUCUGCCCACUGCUGUCGUCCUCCUCACCACUGGAGGUGUUUCAUCUCGUUUUCAACGCGUGUCGCUUGACGGACAGGAAAGGGGCCGGCAUGGCUCUCAGGCUGCUCGAGCUGCUGGACUUCACGCCAGUUGUAGUGCGUGCCGCCGCCGCGUGUACAAAUUCCCCGCCGACUGCGCUGUCAUCUCUCUCAUGUAAAAACACCCCUGUCGUGCCGACAGUAAAGGACAGCGCUACGCCGACUGUUCACAUGGUGUGUGUGGUGGAUGCCGUGCUACGGCAGCUGCUAUGCGCCGUGGUCGGAGAGCCUCGGAGGCGCGAGCAAGAUCCAGAGCUCUGUGUAGAGCGGCGCGCUGAUGGGACAACGGUGUGCAGCACACGCCGGCACUUCACGCACGGCGACGUGGCGGGACUGUGGUUGUGCUCCCCUGCCGAGCUCAGCACCGCGCAGGAAACGUGGGCGAAGAGAACAGCGGCGCCGUUUACACCGACGCGUCAGACGCUGGAGAGCUUUUUCGGCACUCACGCAUUCAGUGGUGCGCCGUCCUCGACACAGACACACGCAGCCCAUACCAUCGAUAAGGCCCAAGAGCGGUGUCAAGAGGCCGCUGGUGUCGCACUCCACACCCUUGCCCAACGCCUUGUGUACGGCAGCAGUCUGUGCCCUGCGCAGCACCUCUCCUAUGCACAGGCAGCUGUCGCAGCAGCGGUUGCCUAUGUGGGGGCCGACUUCAUUGAGGAGAGCCUGGCAGCCGUUUCCUCUUGCUACCCCGCUGGGGCCAUACUGGCACCCCGCGAAGACGUGGCAGAACCGCAGCCACUUUACACGCACGACGACAACAGCGAUAGCAGCAGCGACAGUGACAAUGCCGACGAAGGUGACACUGUGGUGAGUCGUGAGUGA